AAAACUGAACUGGCUGUUUAUGUUCUGUUGGUCGAAAUAACGACCAUACACCCUCGAUAUUACUGCACCAGUGAACUUAGUGCUACUGGGGUGUCUCAGAAUUCGCUGGCUCGGCUAACUUGAGUGGACAUGGCUCAACAAGGAUUAGUAGAACGUUUGAAAAAUGGCGAAGACAUCCUCAUCGCGGAGGGAUACAUGUGGGAGCUGGAACGAAGAGGAUAUUUAACUGCAGGCGGAUUUAUUCCAGAAAUUGUUCUAGAUAACCCAGAGGUAGUUCGUGCCCUGCACAUGGAAUUCAUCCAUGCUGGGACAGAUGUUAUAGAAGCAUUUACAUACUAUGGUCAUCGAGAGAAGCUGCGGACCAUAGGGCGGGAAGAUGAUCUUGAGAAGCUUAAUAGGGUAGCGUUGCAGAUGGCAAAGGAAGUGGCCCGAGAAAAUGGUAAACUGUUUGCGGGUGGAAUCUGUAAUUCCGGAAUAUAUGACCCUCAGGACGAGUCAACAUUUGCUGCAGUCACGGCCAUGUUCAAAGAACAAAUCGAAUGGGCAGUUGAAUACGGAGUAGAUUACAUCAUUGCUGAAACGUUUAAUGACUUAGGGGAAGCCAUGCUCGCUUUAAAAGCUAUACAACAAUAUGGAAAAGGAGUACCAGCUGUUAUUACUAUGACGGCAUAUAUUCCGGAUAUGACGACAGAUGACGUACCGUUUCCGGAAGCUUGUCGCCGUUUAGAGGAGGCAGGGGCUGCAGUGGUAGGGGUGAACUGUGGAAGAGGCCCCCGCACCAUGCUGCCUCUCGUCAAAGAGAUCAAGAAAGUGUGUAAGGGUCCAGUGGCUAUGCUACCGGUUACUUUCCGCUGUAGGGACAACUGCAGGACAUUCCAGUCCCUUAAAGACCCAGAAACAGGAAAGCCUUUAUAUCCGACUGAUUUGGAAGCCGCUAGAUGUAGUCGAUCUGACAUCAUGUCUUGGGCCGAGGAAGCCAAAGCAGCUGGGAUAAACUACAUCGGUCUCUGCUGUGGCAACGCCUCUUUCUACUUCCGCGAGCUCGCGGAGGCUUACGGUAGAAAACCGCCCACGUCAAAAUAUACUCCUAAUGUAGGCCUUAGCCAUAUCUUUGGGAAAACUAGUGAGGCUGACAAAUACAAACGUUCAACCAAGAUCAAAGAAUUUAUGAUUGGCAAAGACAAUGCUUAGAGGGGAUUAGCAGUUCCGAUACAUUUCCGAGACUUUUUAUUAUAUUAGUGCAUGCAACGGUUGCGAUUGGGUCCUUUCUCUCCUGAUAUGAGAGUGAUGAUGUUUCAUCAUUAUUCUUUGAUUUUGUUAGCGUAUACAUGUACAUAUGUGUAGUGAAAAUGAUAUUUUAUUAGCAAUGCUGACUGCAAACGAGAAAUAGAUAGAAAUAAAUAAAGUAAGUGUGGUCUUUUUUGGAAAAUAUACUGUAUCACGUAUUGCAAGACUA